AUGUCUCAACGUGCUCGUGUUGCUGCUGCUCGUGCGGCUAAAACUGCUGCUGCAUCUUCUUCGUCAUUUUCUCAAUCAAAUAAUAGGUCGAAAUCAAAGAAAAAACCUGUUCCAAUUCGCAAAGUCACUCGUAGUAAUGCGAAUAGUGGUGCUAUCAAAAAGAAAACACCAGUCAAGACUAAUCAAAAGUCUUCACCCACUAAACGUCGUCUUCAAAAGCGUUCAUCGACAAGUACACGUUCAUCGACGCGACUAACUACUGUCACAACACCGACACCGACGCCACGGAAAAAACGUCUUUCGGGUUUGACAGCUGCAACUCUUCUUCAGUAUUGUACCAAUGUCCUUUCGCCACCUCCAGCAAAUGAAAAACAACAAACGAAUAAACGACAGUUACGAUCAACAAACAGUAGCCCAGUAUCACGAAAUAAUCCAAGUGCAGCAAAUCGGAAAAAGACAAAGAUUAACCCCAAAGUAACACAAAAACAAAAAACAACGAAUACGCGCACAGCGCGUACGCGAAAAGCUACAGUAGUAAAAGCAUCAACAACAUCGUCGAGCGAAAGUGACAGUGAAAAUAGUGAAGAAAAUGACAAACAAGAAGAAGCAGAUGAUGAUGAUGAUGAUGAUAAUCAAAACGAUGAUGACAAAGCCGAUGAGGAUAAAGAAGAAGAUGAGGAUGAAGAUGAAGACGAAGAUGAUGAAAAACCUUUGAAGAAAAGAGUGAAAGAUAAAAAACAAUCAAGUGAAGAAGAAAAUAGUGUUGAUGAAAAGAUUCGGCCUUCACGUCGUCGUAGCACGAAAACAAAAACAAAAGCAACAGCAAAUGGACGUAAGCGUCAAGUUUCCAAUGUUUCAUCAACAAAUGACGUUAAACCUGCUCAAAUUGAACUAAACAUUCACACUCGUUCACGUCGUGAAGCUAGUUCGCGUGCAUCAGCUAUGAUUAUGCAACAAAACGAAAUUGAACGUAGCCGUUUUAACUUCAGUCUAGCGAAUGAUCGUUCAACAUCAGUUAGUCGAAGACGCCGUACUAAAAGUACAGUCACAAACAAAGAUGACUCCCAUACUGAUAUCAUUCCUGAUCCGUCUGAACAACCAUCGGUAGAACCAUUUAAAUUCAAUGUUCCAUCUGUUCCGCCAGCGCCUACAGUCGUACCCGCAACAACAACGACGACAGCAAAUGCAACGAAUCAUAAAGUUACACCACCUCCAUCAAUAUCUAGUGUGACUGCACCUGCACCAUCGGUAACAAACGUAUCGAAUAAAACUGAAUAUGCUCAAUCGUCAAAUGCAGUGACAACAAAAUCUACAUAUCAAGCGCCAUCGACAACUGCUACGACAGUUUCAUCAAAUUCAAAGUAUCCAUCACUGACAGAAACAGUUUUAGCUGAGCAUGAUCGUAUGCAUGGCACAACACCGCCGUACCAUACAACUAAACGUGAUAAUCUAAUAAAAUGGACGCAAGAAUUAGCGUUAUAUGAUCGUCUAUCACCGCCGUUUCCUGAACAUGAAAUUCCUCUCGAAUCAUUUCAUGGUGCUUCUUCGUCGAUAUCGUCAACGACUACAACAAUAAAUGAUCAGGUACAAUCCAGCCGUGGUAUUAUAAUUAGUCAAAAUAAUAGCAAUAGCAAUCAAAGUACAAGUGCUGCAACGAACAAUGGCGGUUCAAUCAUCGGUGGUGCUGGUUCAUCAUCAGCAACUGUUGCUGGUACGAGUACAGCUACGACAGGUGGAACAACAAGUAACAAUACACAUAGUAAAUCAACUGGCAAAGCGAUUCCGCAAGUAUCGUCGGGAUCUUCAUUAAAACAGCCAACUAAUACUAAUACAAAUUUUAUACAAAAAUCUCGUACACCAGCAAAAGGAUCAAAUGCAGUACCAGCUCCGCCUAUGGUCGCGCCAGAUCUUUCAUUAUCAUCGACUCCUCUGCUUAACUCUUUUGGAGCUCUGACUCCUACUGUUCUUGGCACACAAACAGCAAACACAUCUUCCUCAUCAUCAUUAUCAUCACGGCCACUUUCAUCUUCACUAGAUCAUCAUCUUCAUCACCCACACUCAUCAACAGUUUCGACGCCAAUUCCGGCAACAAAUGUUAAUUCAACCACGAAUCCAACCUUUCUAACGCCGUCUGCUGCGGCUGCUGCUGCCGCUGCCGCUGCCGCAGCAGCAGCUGCAUUCCCCAUUGAUCUACGUCCAUUUUAUCCACUUCUACCUUGUUGGCAAUAUCCUGCUUGGACAUUUCCGUCAUCAGCAUCACUGCUUGGUCAACAAGCGAAUUGUCUCAUACAACCCUCAUCAACACUUCCUCCACCACCGCCCCCUGUUGUUCAUCAUAAAACAUCUAUCACACGUCAUCGUACAACAACACAUUUAGAAACUAAACAAAAGAAAUCGUCCACAUUAACAACAUCUACAACCAAUUCGAAUAAUUUGAAUAAUAAUGCUAAACAACAGUCACUUAUCCCAAUUUUUGAUCCUCAACCAAAACCAUCGCUAUCACCAAAAAAGGAAGCAUUAACUUUUCAUCUGCAUACUCAUCAUCAUCAUCACAUUCAUAAUCCGAAUCCUCCCAUAUCGUCAAAUACAUCUUCGUUACUCAAAUCACCGAAUCCAACGAAAACAACAACAGUACCACUAUCACCACAGAAGUCAUGUGUUCUUGUGAAUAAAGAGCAGCUUGUUGAAACCAAGACUAUCCUUCCAUUGAGUGUAAAUAAUGUUGUUAAGAAAGAACAUCAAUUGAUAACUACAAAUGAUUUCUUGUCAUCAGCGGCAACAACAGAAAAUGAAGCUUUAAAUUUUUCAAUCAAACAUUUAUCGGCAAAUAAGAAAACCAAUGGAAAUGAAUCCGACGGAACUACACAUAGGAAAACAUCGAGAAAAAGUUCACCAGUCAAAGGACAUGCUAGUUCCGGGUCCAAAUCGAAUGGUUCGCCUACUCACUCUAUUGGUGAUCACGCUCCGUAUACAAUUAGUUCAAUCAUCACUUCACCGACAAAAACCUCCGCUAUCAACCUUAGCACUAGUCCAUUAAAUCAACGGCAACGUCUAUCGUAUCCUACUGGAGUAACUACAACCAUUAUCUCACCCGUGUCAAAUAUUCUCAGCGCAAAUGGUGAAUUAGCUGCUCUCAGUGAUGAUGAACGUCAGUCUGCAAAAUGUAAUCACAAACGGCGUAGUGUAUCAGCGACUGCUAGUGCAACAACACUUAUAUCAAUAAUAGGAAAAAACGCUCGUUCAGCGCGGACAGCAUCGUCUUCUACCUUGCCUGUUCGAUCGAAAUCCUCAACAUAUAUACCCAAUUCAAAACGAUCGCAUUCACCAUCUUCUGUGACAUUACUUGGAUCAAAUAAAAACCCGAGUCAGAGAAAGAAACAAAAAUUCUCUCAUUAUUGGGCUCUAUUCGGCAAAUCAGAGCAGAAAUUAGUGUCAAUUGAUGCUGACAAACCGCCGGUCUAUCGCGAAUGUUUCUCAUCAAUUCGACACGUCAAAGAAAAGGAUAUCAUUAAAUCCGAUGAUUGUGUCUUAUUACGUCCUGAGAAUGCUGAACAUUAUGGCAUAACGCCAUACUUAGCAAAAGUCAAAUGGUUUUGGAAAGAACCAGAAUCAGGUGAAAUUCAAAUGUCACUUGUUUGGUAUUAUCAUCCUGAACAUAGUGAACUGCCAGCACGUGUUAAGGAACACUUUUUAAGUAAUGAAGUGUUAGCAUCAAAGUACUGGGACUGUGUGAAUGUAGCUUGUAUUGAAGAUAAAUGCUAUGUGCUCAACCUUAAUGAAUACAAUCGUUAUUGUAUUCGUGAAAAGACAUCGGACCUCUUCGAACAUCCUGAUUCAGUGGGUGAUUUGAAAUCUCUGUUAAACAGAAAUACUUCCACUGUUCAGCAUCGACCACUACCGUCGAAAAAUGUUGACAAUCAAAAUAUCUUCUUCUGUCGCUAUGUAUAUGACCAUCGAGCGAAACGUAUUUUGAAAAAUCCAAGUUUGAAUAAUCCUAAUAUGAAUUCAACAACAGCAACAACGACGACGACAACAACAACAACAACAACAACUGCAAUAAUGACCACGAUGACGACAACAGUUGAUCCCACUACGACAAUUUCUUUUUCUGAAUUCGUUUCAACAACACAAUUAAACCUCAAUGUUGUUAGUUGA